GCUCUGGCGCAGUGUUGGCCUGGCAUUUUUGUGUUCCUUUUGCUUGUUUCACAUUUGUUGGAUAAAUCUUAUAUCUGUAGGUUGUUUCUGUCUACCGCAAAGAAAGAUGGAAUGGAUGAUGCUAUAGCCAAAUACGAUGGCAGCUGGGCAGUUGAAACGCUGGAGAGCUUUGCGAUUGAGGGUGACCAUGCACUCGUUUUAAAAUCCAAAGCCAAACAUCACGCCAUUUCUGUGAAAUUGGAUCGUCCCAUCAAGUUUAAUACGCCCGAACUGGUUAUCCAGUAUGAAGUAAAAUUUGAAAAUGGAAUGGAGUGCGGUGGAGCAUACAUCAAGUUACUUAGUGCAAACACUGAUUUGGAUUUGUUGAACUUUCACGACAAAACUCCUUACACAAUCAUGUUCGGUCCUGAUAAGUGCGGAAUGGAUACGAAGUUUCACUUCAUAAUCCGACACAGAAAUCCAAAAACUGGGGAAUACGAAGAGAAGCAUGCUAAAAAGGCGACAAAAGAUCUGGAAUCAUUAUUUACUGACAAAAGAACACAUUUGUAUACAUUGGUACCUCUGAUAGAAUUGCAUUAUCCUUGGUUGAUUUUUAUUGAUUCUCAUGACUACAGCCCUCCAAUAAACCCACCGAAAGAGAUCGAUGAUCCGAACGACAAAAAGCCUGAUGACUGGGAUGAACGUGAAACAAUCGUCGACGAGACGGCCACUAAACCAGAUGAUUGGGAUGAAAGUGCACCGGAAUUCAUCACUGACGAAUCGGCGGUUAAACCUAGUGGUUGGUUGGACGAUGAGCCAGAGUUAAUUCCAGAUCCCAACGCCGAGAAACCCAGCGAUUGGGAUGUUGACAUGGAUGGAGAGUGGGAACCGCCCAUGGUUAAAAAUCCAAAGUGUGCCGACGCACCAGGUUGUGGAGAGUGGCAAAAACCUCAAAUCAAAAACCCGAAAUUCAAAGGCAAAUGGGCUCCUCCCGUUAUCCGUAACCCGAACUAUAAAGGCAAAUGGAAACCAGCCAAAAUCCCCAACCCGCAAUAUUACGAGGAUAUAGAGCCGUACAAAAACCUUGCGGAAGUGGUCGCAGUCGGUUGGGAAUUGUGGACGAUGACUGACAAUAUUGUAUUCGAUAAUAUACUAAUUGUUGAUUCAUUGCGGGCAGCCAAUGAAUUCGCCAGAGAAACAUGGUUAAAGAAGAAGGACGCAGAGCGCCUGAAAGCUGUGGCUAUUGGUAAUAGUCAUAACCUGUUCCAACUAAUUAGGAAUACGAGCCCUAGGAAAAAUGGCGUAAGUGAGGUAAUUAUGGAAUCCGAUGGCACACUGAUUGACGUUCAGCAACGCCGUCUUGACCGUUCGGUUGAGCACUUUAAGGCUCAGUUCAACUGGCCCCAUCAACAUUUUAUCUUGAACUCUCCGCCUCGACUGGACAAUUACUGCCAGUUGAUGCUAGUUCUCCAUCUGAAAUGGAGGUAUCUCGGGAAAUAA